UCAGUCAAAGGACAUUUAAAUGUCCACACUGGACCUCACAGCGCCGCAACAACGCGAAGCAAACCGCCGCUCAAACUCGGUUUAUUCUGCCCGUCGCUGCUCUUACUGGUCACAUCCAGCCGCCAUUUGGGCUCAGUCGGUCCGGGAAGCUUCAGAUGAAGAUGAGCGAUGAAGAGGAGUGUCUGCAGAGAGCCAGAGCCGGGUUCGAGGACCUGUGUCGGGCUUUAAACAUGGACGAAGAGGCGAGCAGCGAGGCUUGGAGAACCUACGAGAACAUCAACAGGAACUUUACUUUAGAGGGCAGCGAGCUGCACUGGUUGGCCUGCUCGCUGUACGUGGCCUGCAGGUCCUCGGUGCCGACGGUGGGAAAAGGCACCGCCGAGGGCAACUACGUCUCUCUGACCAGGAUCCUGCGCUGCUCAGAGAUGAGCCUGAUAGAGUUUUUUAAUAAGAUGAAGAAGUGGCAGGACAUGGCCAACCUGCCUCAGGAUUUCCGUCAAAGCACCAACAAGCUGGAGAGAAACUUCACCGUGUCGGCAGUCAUCUUCAAGAAGUACGUUCCCAUCUUCAAAUCCAUCUUCAAAGCCCCGUCAGAGGAGCCGCCGCGAGUUCACCGCAGCCGCAAACAGAGACGCCAUCCCUGCACUGUGAGCGAGGUCUUCAACUUCUGCUGGGUUUUGUUCGUCCAUGCUAAAGGGAACUUCCCGAUGAUCAGCGACGACCUGGUGAACUCGUAUCAUCUGCUGCUGUGUGCUCUCGACCUCGUCUUCACCAACGCUCUGCUGUGCAACGCCAGGAAAGACCUGCUCAACCCCAACUUCAGAGGUCUACCAGAGGACUUCAGCAGUAAAGACUACAGACCGGCCCCGGGUCCGUACUGCUUCAUAGAGCAGCUGUGUGAGCUGCACGACGGACUGGUUCUGGAGGCCAAAGGAGUCAAAGAACACUUCUGGAAACCUUUUAUCAAGAAACUCUUCCACAAGAGGAUCCUCAGAGGAAAAGAGGACGGUCUGACCGGCUUUCUGGAUCCCAUGAACUUUGGAGACAGUUUUUUAUCUCUCAGUCGGGUGUAUGAGGAACACAUUCUGGCCACCGGCAGUCUGGACGAGAGGAUCUUCACCGGGGAGGGAGCGAGCGAGGACAUCGGUACCCCGGGGCCCUGCCUGUGUGAAGGUGUGGAGAACCAGGACAGCGCCACCUACAGGCUCCACACCAGCCUCACUGCCUCAGCUCUGAAGGUCUCCACGCCUCUGACAGGCAGGAAGUACGUUCAGGAGAACCGUUUGGCGUCCCCGGUCUCAUCCGCCAUGAAGAGUGUCGGACGACUCCACACCCUGCUGUCAGGAACCAAACAGGGGCCGAGCGCUAAGCUAACAGAAACUCUCAGGAACUGUGCCAGAGACCCCAGUGAUGUCAUCAGCAAGCGCCUGAAGGACAUGUUUGAGCUUUUCUCUCAACAUUUCGAGGGCAGCGGGGCAGAGAACAGGGGGAUGGGGAGAGAUAUGGCAGUGAAAUACUUCCACCUGGCGGAGGCGCUCUACUACAGGAUCCUGGAGUCCAUCAUUGAGAGAGAAAAGAUGAUCCUGGGAGACGCUGACCUGUCGUGUAUUCUGGAGCAGGACGUCUUCCAUCGCUCCCUGCUGGCCUGCUGUCUGGAGAUCGUCAUCUUCUCCUACAGACCUCCAGGAGACUUCCCCAACCUGAUCGGCAUCUUCCAGCUCCCCGCCUAUCACUUCUACAAGGUGAUUGAGGUGUUGGUGCGGUCCGAGCAGGGUCUGUUUCGGGAGGUGGUGAAGCACCUGAACCAGGUGGAGGAGCAGGUUCUGGAGAGCCUGGCCUGGACCAGCGACUCUCCGCUGUGGGAAAGCCUCCAUGCUGCCAAAGACCAGGUUCCUGCCUGCCAGCAGGUGAUGCCUCCUCAGUAUUUGGAACAGAACGAUGAAAGCAGCUCAGGCAUCAUUCCUCUCACUCCCAUCAACCACGGACCGGACCUCAACACCAGCAGCACCAUCAAAGGUGUGUCCCCCUCCCCUACCACCCUGCUGGACCGGUACAGCUCUCCACCAACCGGUUCGGCUCGUCGUCGUCUGUUUGUCGAGCCGCUGGACGGCGAGCCUGGAGUCACUUCCACCAGUACAGCCCCGGCCGCCGUGACCAAGACCGGCCAGGCUGGCCUAGUUACAGCCAUCCCGGCCGGGCAGACUGUUGUCACUGUGGCAACCGCUACCGUUACCGCCAACAACGGGCAGACUGUCACCAUACCUGUGCAAGGUAUAGCCAAUGAGAGCGGAGGCAUCACCUUCAUACCAGUCCAGGUGAGCGUGACUGGGCAGGGUGGAGCCACGCUGCACCCGCUGUCUGCACAGACUCUAACCGGCACUCUCACCGUCCAAUCAGCUGCCACCAAACCAGCUGCCAAACCAGCCAGCAAUCCGCUGAGGAAGGGCUCACUGUCACUGUUCUUCAGGAAGGUGUACCACCUGGCCAGCGUGCGUCUCAGAGAUCUUUGUGCCAAACUGGACAUCUCGUCAGAGCUGAGGAGGAAGAUCUGGACAUGUUUUGAAUAUUCUCUGGUUCACUGCACCGACAUGAUGAUGGACCGUCACCUCGACCAGCUCCUCAUGUGUGCUGUUUAUGUCAUGGCAAAGGUGACCAAAGAAGACCGAUCCUUCCAGAACAUAAUGAAGUGUUACCGCACUCAGCCUCAGGCCAACAGCAAUGUGUACAGGAGUGUGUUGAUCUCAAGAGGGAGGAGGCGUCACUCAGGCAGCAACGACACCAACAAAUCUAACUCAUCAGACACCAACCAGGAUCCAGCAGGUGGAGACGUCAGUCCACUUCCUGUUCGCUCCAGCAGCACCUUACCAACGCCGCAGCCUGGCAGUGCCCCCUCCACCCCCUCCAAUAAGAACUCCCCCUCCUCCUCCUCCUCCUCCUCCUCCUCCUCCUCUUCGUCCUCCUCCGCUGUGGGUGAGGGUGAGGAGGAGCGAGGAGACCUGAUCCACUUCUACAACAACGUUUACAUCAAACAGAUGAGAAGCUUUGCUCUGAGAUACUCAGCGAGCUCUCCGUCUGCGGGGGUGGAGUCCCCCCCUCUGUGUCCGUACCCCACCCUGAGGACUGGCUCCCCCCGUCGGAUGCUUCUGUCCAGCAAACACUCAAUCUACAUCUCACCUCACAAGACAGGCUCCACCCCCCACCAACCACCCCCCCGGGACAAGAUUUACUACUACAUCUGCAGCAGCCCCCCCAAUCGUCUUCAGGAGAUCAACAGUAUGAUCCGUACUGGAGAGACUCCCACCAGGAAGCGCAGCAUGCCUCUGGAGGAGGAGACGUCACCCAAGAGGGUUUGUCCCGACAACCACUCUGCUCUACUGCGCCGCCUGCAGGAUGUCGCCAACGACCGCAGCUCCUCCCACUGAGACCGCACGCACACACACACACACACACACACACACAGACAGACAGACAGACAGACAGACAGACAGACAGACAGACAGACACACACACACACACAGACACAGACACAGACACACACACAGAGACACACACACACACACACACACAGAGACACACACACACACACACACACAGACACACACACACACACACACACAGACACACAGACACACACACACACAGACACACACACAGACACACACACACACACACACACACACACACACACACACACACACACACACACACAGACACACACACACACACACACACACACACAGACACACACACACACAGCACACACACACACACACACACACACACACACACACACACACACACACACACACACACAGGGACACACACACACACACACACACACACACACACACACACACAGAGACACACACAGAGAGACACACACAGACACAGACACACACACACACACACACACAGACAGACACAGACACACACACACACUCACACACAGACACACACACAGACACACACACACAGACAGACAGACACAGACAGACACAGACAGACACAGACAGACAGACAGACAGACAGACACACACACACACACAGAGACAGACACACACACACACAGAGACACACAGAGACACACACAGACACACACACACACACACACACACACACACAGAGACACACACACACACACACACACACACACACACACACACACACAGACACACACACACACAGACACACACAGACACACGCACACACAGACACACACACACACACACACACACACACACACACACAGACACACACACAGGGACACACACACACACACACACACACACACACACAGAGACACACACAGAGAGACACACACACACACAGACACACACACACAGACAGACACACACAGACAGACACACACACACAGACACACACACACACACACACACACACACACACACACACACACACACACAUACACACACACACACACACACAGACACACAGUGACAAACCACCUUCAUCAUCCAACCGUCAGCAUACAGGAUCGACUGUGUCUCAGGAGGCAGAGCGGGUCGUCCACUGAUCAGAAGGUUGUGGGUUCGAUGCCCGGCUCCUCCCGCUGCAUGAGGAAGUGUCCUUGAGCAAGAUACUGAUGCUGCUCCUGUAUGUUACUGUAUGAUUGUACAGUAGAGUGGGUGAAUGUGUAGCAUAAAGCGAGACAGGCGCCGUACAGUACAGUUCAUUUACCCUUUAACAGAUCACAGGAGCACAGUGAGCUCACACCUGCUACAACAUUUCUGAUUGGUUCAGUCAUUUCUGUUGAGCUCACAACAACAAAGUGAGUCUAAAAGAGUCUGUAAGAUGGCACCAACACCCCUGUGCACUCACACAGGUGUUACAACAACUGGAAGCAGUCCGCAGGUGGAGUUGAUUACUGCAGUCCAGAAUCUCACUCCUCCUUUCUUUCUGAUGUCCAGCCACAGUUUAACCUCCAUAAAUCCUCAAAUCAGAGAAAAAAGACACUUCAGAACUCAGAGAAUCAUGGUUUCUUCAGGAAUCCAGUGUCUGCUAACAGGAGCUGCUUACAGCUACUGUUAAUGGACGUAGUCUCAGUCCAUCAACUGAGACUCAGAUUAAGCUAUAAGGCGGGGGCAGGGUUGGAUCAAUAAUCAAUGAAAAGGUGGCGAUGGAUCAUCACUGCGUUCUGUAGGAAGAGAAGGAAGCGUUAGUAUUAUGUUCAUUCCAUCCAUUUAUUGUCUGUUUCCCAUGAAGUCACUGAAGAGAAGGUGUGAUGAAGCAGCAGCUUUAUUUUUACGUGUUCUUCUUGUAUGUGUGUUUUCUAUCUUUAUACUAAUGACAAAUAUGAUUUAAGUUCUAUUUCACCGUUAGUUUACAAAAAGUUUCAUUUCAAAAACACUUGAUCAUGUAAAACUGCUCCCUGGUUGUUUUUAAUGAGAGGUGUCAGUUAAAGGGCUCCACGUUGAUGUUACACCAGCAGACUGAAACUGUUUGAGUUUUAACUCGCCGACCACCGUCGGGAUGAGGAGUGUAAAUAUUUGUAUAAAAAGAGAAGAUAUUUUAUGGAGGUGAUGUAAGUUAAGUGCCUUUAUUUUGUACUCAUUGUAUCUGUCUGUUUACAUCCAACAAACUUUACUUUUAUUAGACUUUCUUGAUGGAAUAAAUAAAAUGUUUAAAGUGA